GAUGACCGAAUGAAAUAAUUCUGGCCACAUAAACGCUCUGUAACUUGGCCCGAAGUCGAAGGCCUAGCGAAAAUUAGGACUUCAAAGAGUCCUCUUCGUGACGAAAUGAACUUAAAGUCGAAAUGGUGGCUUUUAAUAGGAACUAUACUUAGCCAAAUUUGGCUACCUUGGGCAACUGCCAAGAAGAACAUCGCCCUAAAGCAAUUAUUGAAAAAAGAAGAGCAGUUAUCCGAAAAUACCAGAGUUAAAAAGGACAUGAUGCAGCCAUUUCCCCAGAUGGAGUCCGAUAUGGCCCCACUUGCCAAUGCUGGGGUAGAAAAACCGCAGCCACGCAUGCUUGCACCAGGAUAUUACUCUCAAGAAUGCAAUGCCCACAAGCCUUGUGACCAAGGAAAGUAUUGUCACAUGUUUCUGUGUGUACACUGCUUAAAGGAAAAUGUCGCCUGCACUCAAAAUGGUCAGUGUUGUCAUGGCCAGUGUACUUAUGGCCGAUGUAAAAAAGAUGCCUCUGGAGGUUCUCCUGGAACAUUCUGUGAUCGACACGAUGAUUGUAAAGACCCUCCUGGAACGUGUUGUGUUAGAGAACCAGCCAUCAAUCCGCAUAUCUCCGUUUGCAAGCCACCCUUGGAAGAGAACAUGGUUUGUGGUCCCAUCAACUUCUUUAAAAAUGUUUACAUUGGAGCUCAGGUACAAAGAGCUUGCGGCCCAUGCAAGGCGGGACUUGUAUGUAAGCAAGUUGGAAUAUUUGGAGUGCAUGAGAUUUGUGUGAAAGAAGAUGACAAGUAAUGAUCUCAAUUUUUUGGCUAAAGUAGAGAGCUUUAUGAAUUGUGUAAGGACUGUAUCAAAGUGUUUGUAAACUUGCCCUCAGAAAUGGGAAGAUCGAAGCAAUGGUUCGCAAAAGUUUGAUAACGCUUGUAGUUGGAUCGUAAGUUCGCAAAUAACCUGUUUCUUUCAAAUCAAGUCUACUUUGCAAGUAUCCUACGACGGAUACUGGUAAAGGUAAUUUGACUAUAUUCAUGUGGCUAAUGAGUACCCUUAAAUCUAACACAGACACAGUUCGAGAUUCAGGGGAGCAUUUCAUUUUAAACCAAAGAUUUGCAAACCAUUUAAUUUGACUUCUGAAAAUGCUCUUUGUAUGGCACUGAUCCUUGGAAAUCUGAGCUCAGUGAUUAACGGGAGAACUUAUAACCUCACUAUUUUUAUCGUGUAAAAAAGCGCAUACAGUUGAUCACCAAAUCUUUUUUAUAAGAGCUAAGAUUACAAACAUACGUCUCUCAUGAUACCACUGGUACUCUUAUUAUUUAAUUCCCUAUUAAUAUAAUUUCUUGUA